UUGUUUUGGUCUUAUCCACCGAAAAAGAAGACAAAGACGAAAUUACUUCCGCUGUUAACAAGCCGUCGCAAACAUGGCGGCAGGGCCAAUUUCGGAACGUAAUCAAGAUGCCACUGUGUACGUGGGAGGUCUGGACGAGAAGGUGUCCGAGCCUCUCCUGUGGGAGCUUUUUCUGCAAGCUGGACCCGUCGUGAACACACACAUGCCCAAAGACAGAGUCACAGGACAGCACCAAGGUUAUGGCUUCGUCGAGUUUCUGAGCGAAGAGGAUGCAGAUUACGCUAUAAAAAUCAUGAACAUGAUAAAACUUUAUGGAAAGCCUAUACGUGUCAAUAAAGCCUCGGCUCACAACAAGAACCUGGAUGUGGGCGCCAACAUCUUCAUCGGUAACUUAGAUCCAGAGAUCGAUGAGAAGCUACUAUAUGACACCUUCAGCGCCUUCGGUGUCAUCCUUCAGACGCCCAAGAUCAUGCGCGACCCCGACACUGGCAACUCCAAGGGCUACGCAUUCAUCAACUUCGCCAGCUUUGAUGCCUCGGACGCAGCCAUCGAGGCCAUGAACGGCCAGUACCUAUGCAACAGGCCCAUCACGGUCUCCUACGCAUUCAAGAAGGACUCCAAGGGUGAAAGGCACGGCUCGGCCGCCGAGAGGUUGCUGGCCGCCCAGAACCCACUCUCGCAGGCUGACCGGCCGCAUCAGCUUUUCGCAGAUGCACCACCACCGCCAUCGGUGCCGACGCCAGUCAUGACUACUCUCGGAUCAGGCAUGCCCAUGCCUGGUAAGUUUGGUAUGCCUCCGCCAGGUGCCUUCCCACCUGUUCCUCCACCCGUCUCCAUGCCCCCUGGGAUGCCACCCGGCAUGUCCAUGCCCCACGGCCCUGGCAGCGCUGCACAGGGAGGAGGUGGAGGACCUCCCCCUGGCCCGCCACCCUUCCAUGGUAUGCAGCCACCAGCCAUGCCCCAGAUGCCCAUGCCUCCGCCUGCUCCCCCAGGCAUGGUGCCUCCUCCACCGGGUCCUCCAGGCGCCAACCAGCACAGGGCUCCUCCACCCGGGAUGCCCCCUCCACACAUGGGCAUGCCACCCAGAGGGCCAUUCGGCCCCCAUAUGGGGAUGCCUCCGGGCAUGAGAGGCCCCCCUCCCCCUAUGCCCCCACCCGGCUAUGCUGGCGGCCCUCCCCGGCCUCCUCCAUUCGGCUUCCAGAGGGGUCCACCGAUGCCCCCACGGCCACCAGCACCGCCCCGGGGCCCCAUGAGACCAAUGCCGCCUUAGACCUCAAUCGCCAGGCGCAUCAUGUUUUUAUUUUCAUUCCUAGGAUUAUUUUCACAAAUGACUUUUCUGUUAUUUUGUAUCUGACUUUGUUUUGUCGUCACUGUUCAUCUUAUGAAUGGACAGAGAAUAAAAGGUUUUACUACCA